ACUAUUUGUGUGUGUUUGUGGCCUUUUAGACGCAAUAGAAUAAAUGAGAGAGAGAGAGAGAGAGAUAGGCAUACCCAUUGGCAUAUACGAAGAUUAUGUGAACUUUGGUACCGAAAUGAAGCCUGAUUGUGAUGUGUGACCGAGAAGAAACUAACCCAUUUUUCUUCACCAAAUGGCUAACCCCUUCUUGAAUCUGCAGAAGCCCCUCGUAAUUAUCACCCUUUCCUUCAGAUUCGAAUCCGCCAAUUCAUAUAAAACCCUAAACCCCUCUGCAAAUCCCCCAAUUCAUUUCCUACAUCUUCCUUUUGCGUUCCGAUUUCCAGAGACGAAACCCAUGGUUUCAGAGGACCAAGACAUCCUCAAUGGUUGGCCACUGGGACUCGAGGUUAUGAACACCAGAGUUCGAAUGGCAGACUCACAGAGGUUACCGCCCACGGAUCCCUUCCCUACCCCGCACAUUCCUUCAAGGAGUUUCUCCUCUUUGUCUUCCUCUGAACUCGACACCAUGUCCACGGCUUCGUUCUUCCAAGACCACAGCGUGUCUCUCGGCCGGCUCAUCGGAAUAAGGCCGGGCGACAAGACGUGGUUGUACCUCCCGACGGACGAGAAUGCGUGUGUAUCGGUAAAUUCCGCAAGCUUAGAUACGAGGAAAACGAAGAGCGCUGAAAUAUCAGGCCGAAUCUGCAUUCCGAUUCUGAUCGGUAUCAUGUUGAAGAUGAUCAGAAGUCGAAGAAAUUCGAGAAGUUGAAGAAGGAAACGAGAUGAAGUGAAAUUGGGCGAACGUAAUUACAAAUUGCUUCAGUUAUUUUUCUUUGCAAGUUUUGGAACAUUGUUGAUGGAAGACGUGGUUAUCGGAAAUCUGGAACUUCGUUGCUUGCUUCUGAAUUCAAUUUAUCUGAAGAAUCUGAAUCAAAAUUGAAAAGCGUUUAAGCUUUCCUUUUCCCGAU